GGCCGAAACAAAACAUAACAUUUGCAACAAAACUUCAUAACACAACACAGUUUUCGGCUUUCGGCUGAGUUCCACUGUUAAUACAGUGCCAUAGCCGCACUGUGCCAGCAAUAUUGCAAGAUAAGAUGGAACAGGAUAGUGAGACGAACAUUGCUCCCUCCGAUGCAGAGCUGAGCUGUAACACACCAACUAAUGGCUACUAUGAGCCAGACUUUUACCUAGAUGUGGCCGCCACUCCGCUCUACAGCUACAUACAGGACGACCUGCACUACAUGAAAAAGCCUAUUCAUCCCUAUGACAAGAAGGGAGGCCAAAAACAUUUUCAUGUACCAGAAGAGAAGCAGCGCGGCGCCUCUGUGUCGCGCGGCAGCGGCAGCGGCAGCGGCAGCGGCCGGCGGCCCGUUUCGCGGCCUGGCAUGCUGACACUGGUGGACCAGCUGGCGCAGCGCUCCAUGUACGAGACGUUCUCGCGGUCCCGCUCGCAGAGCCCCGGCUCGGCAGUCAGCGCCGACGAACCCAUCGAGCUCGCCCACUACCCGGACGCCAAGGUGCCGAACCCGUCGCUGCCGGCCGCCAUCGAGCGGGACGACUUUCCGGCGCCGCCGUACGCCUACUCGGACCCCGAGCGGCGCCGACGGCUGUCCGGACGAUCCGAUGACGUCAUCGACGACGAGGACGAGGUGGAUGCCGACAGGGAGGAGGACCCUAAACUGAAGCGUGAGGAGGCUGAGCUCACCAAGAUCGCAUCCGGCAUCGGCAAGGUGUUCCUGCACGACCUGCAGGCUCGGAAGCAGCAGCGUCACCAGCAGCUGACGCACCCGGACCCGCGUAGCACGUCCCGCACCCCGGCCGCCAACCGGGAGCCCCGCUACGGGAUGCGCUACCAGAACCCGGUGAACGCCUCUCCGUCUCGGUUCCUGCACAACCGCAGUCUGGACGAGGACCUGUUUUAUUACCGGUACCACGGUUACCCGCCGGUGGGAUGGGCCACGCGCGACCACAGCACCCUGCCCUCCACAUACAACAGUCGACUGGCGCCGCCGGAGCGCCGCUUCUGCACGCUGCCGGCGGCCGGCCGGUACGGCGGUCUCCUGAGCGGCGGCGGCGGCGGCGGCGGCUCGGCUCCCUCUGUGACGUCUGACGGCCGCGACUACACGUUUAGUUCCAUUCGUCACCGCCAGAUGGGAGACACCCAGUCGGAGGACUCUCUGGCCUCGCUGCUCGACGGCGACCGGCUGGCACUGGCGGCGGCGCCGGUCAGCUCGGGGCGCGACCCGUCAGCCGUUUCCUUCUCUAGUGUGCCCAUGCCGCCGCAGACGGACCCCCAGAGCCCGUUCUACCGGCGCUCGCGACACGCGCCGCUCUACACACCCAACCUGGAGAGCAAGUACCCGGCGGCGCGACUGCGGCGCGACAGGAAUCGCACGCUGCCAGAGGACGUGGAUGGCACACAGCUGGAGCGCCACCUGACGGAGGACGAGUUCGUCAGUGUGUUCAACAUGAGCUCUGCCGAGUUCUACAAACUGCCCGAGUGGCGGCGCAAGAAGCUGAAGCGGGCUGUGCACUUAUACUGAGCGCCGGUCUGUCGGUCUGUCUGGUCCGUCUGGUCCGCCAGUCUGGUCCCUGCCGGUCCAGUACGACCAACAACCGUCGGACCGGACCGGUCUGCCCGCGCACACGGCUGCCUCAGCCCGGCGCCGGGAGAGCUUCCGCUUCACACCAGGGACAGCGGCCCGCUUGUUGACAGUUGCUGGCUUGUUUAAUGGGCCUGCUAGCUAAAGCCAGUCAUGAAUGCGUGUUUGGCGGAGUAAGGCGUUCUGCUGCGGUGACAACCAGCUUGAAGCACGCACAAAAGCUGCCUGCUGCUGUCGCCAUUCGCAACAAGAUUUGCGAGGCGCUCGAGAAGCUUCAUUAAAACUGUUUGCUUUUAAACUGCAAAGUAGGAACUGCCAGUAUGGUGCUUAUGUCACCUCGAGACGAGCUCGCUGGUGGAAAACUUUGGCACCGGAUUCGCCCCCACUUCAGCCCAGGACACCGCUUUACCUGCAGGGAAGUAGCAGUGAGCUUAUGGAACGGAUGGUAACUAUUCAGGAAUCUCAGAACAUGGCAUCUGGUCAGAAUUGUUUUUACUCUGACCGAUCUCGUUACGGCAUUUAUUAUCGUGAUGGCGAAACAUCUCAUGACCGAAUUUCAUUUGACGCAUGGUUGUCAAAUGUCAAAUGAAGCUGAUGACUGGCUUGCAUCCCGUUUGAUCAUUUUAGAUGGUACUUUUACUUACAGGCAGCUAAUAUGAUCUGAUGACCUUUUAUCGCGACACAUUCCUCACUGGUGAGCAAUAUGCUGAUUGUUGUAUGUGGUUGUUGGCCGGAAUUCAGUCACUUCUGUUGAACAUGACACUUUUGACCUUUUUAGCUUGCCGUUUUACCGAGUGUAUCAUUUGUCAGCUGGUCGGUAGGUGAGGGUACCGAGAUGGAAAUGUUGGGUGUGAUGGGCGCGGGGUUUGUGGUGAUCAUGUAAUCGCUCCGGUAGUUUCGAAAGCCAACGCGAACUCGCACCGGUCUGUGUUCCUUGUGUUAGUUGAGCAAUCGCAGUUAUAGUAUGAUGCCACUGUUAAAGGUUAAUUCAGUCAGGGCGUCAUAGUCUCCGCAUGUUUAGUUACUCUUAUCAACGGCGUAUUUUAAGCGAAGCCCCAUUUGCAGACCCAAUCGCCAGACCGCGCGUGGUUUUACUGUUGAGCGAUAGCUUACAUCAUUAGGGGAUUUAUCCGCCAGAGUUUAGGAGGGACACCGCACAACACGCACCUGUGACGGCCAGGGAUAGCCCUCGCGCAGUGCGUGCCAGCCAAACGCACGUGCCAUGCUGUUCAACACUGCCAUAGCCGGGGACCGCUGCGUACCGCGGUCACCGUGUAUAAUUUCACGGCCCCCGCUAGCUUCCAAUGGCAGCGCAUAGUGACGGCUGCUGCGUCUACAUUCCAGUGCAUGUGCCAUAGGCAGCCAGUUACGCUCGCAUACGGCCCCGCACCGUUUCUACAUCGAGAGCUUUGAAUCAUCCCACGCGGUAGCUUCUCUGCUUGACUGGUGUUUGCAGGCAGCCGUCAUUUCGCCAGAACCCUCCCCAGUUAUGCCGAUUGUCGGACUUUGUAAACGUCGUCUGUCACCGCUGUGAUCAUCUGCGAAAGGCAUGCGUCCCCCCGCCCCCUCCCCCUGCUUGAUAAGCGUUUGUUAAUGGACCGUUUUGGGUUUUUGUGGAUCUUUGUUUAAGUGCCGGCUGUUGUUUUAGAUGUUUGUUUUUCUUUGCAUGACAUACCUAUUGUAUUCCAGUGCACCGGUAGAGCCGAUGAGUACCAACACGCCGCAAAUAUACUGCAGCAGAGGCUUAUUCAA